AGCUUAUCCAAAGUCCAAAAGCAGCUUUUUUUAAGGUUGGUUAGGUGGGCCAUUGUGGCGUCCUUGCCCUGGACGACUCCUGGUUAUGCCUCCAACUCCAACUCCGACUCCGACUCCGACUCCGACUCCCAGACAACAAUCUGACCAGUAAGGAUCGGAGAAGGCCACUCCAAAACUACCAGAAGAAAGACUACAAUCCUGAAAUCUCAAAAAAGCUCUCAGCUCUCAAGCGAAAAUGAUAGCUGUUGCGAUGCUCCGAGCUCUGAGACCACGACCGUUCAUCAUUUCUUCGUCAUCUCCAUCUUCACCUCUCACUUCCGUCUCAAGAUAUAUAAGCACAUUGGUUUUAGCUGAACAUGAAGGCGGGCUUGUAAAACAAUCAUCCUUGAGCGCAGUGGCAGCUGCAGGGACUAUUAGUGAAGGAAACUCCAUUUCUAUGCUAUUGGCUGGGUCAGGCCCAUCCCUUCAACAAGCUGCUUCUCACGCUGCCUCAUGUCAUCCUUCAAUUUCUCAGGUGCUCGUGGCCGAUACAGAUAAAUUAGCACACCCACUUGCUGAACCAUGGGCUAAGCUAGUCCAUUUGGUUCAGCAGCAAGGUAGCUACUCACACAUAAUUGCUGCAUCAAGUUCAUUUGGUAAAAACAUACUACCACGAGCAGCUGCUCUUUUAGAUGUUUCGCCCGUUACAGAUGUCAUUGAAAUUUCUGGACCUCAGUUAUUUAUCAGGCCAAUUUAUGCUGGAAAUGCUCUUUGUACCGUUCGAUACAUGGGAGCAGAGCCUUGUAUGAUGACUAUUAGGUCCACAUCUUUUCCAGUGCCCUUGAAUUCAUCUGAUUCAAAAUCUAAUGGGGCUCCCAUUUCCCAGGUUGAUCUCUCAACCUUUAGUGAAGAUGGCAUUGGGAAAUCUAGAUAUCUAAAGCAUACAUCUCAGGACACAGAACGCCCAGAUUUGGGAAAUGCACGUGUAGUAGUCACUGGAGGUAGAGGCCUGAAAAGUGCAGAGAACUUUAAAUUAAUAGAGAAGCUUGCUGAAAAGCUUGGUGCAGCAGUUGGUGCUACCCGAGCUGCUGUUGAUGCAGGAUUUGUUCCUAAUGAGCUCCAGGUUGGGCAAACUGGAAAGAUUGUUGCCCCUGAGCUAUAUGUGGCAUUUGGGGUAUCUGGAGCCAUUCAACACCUUGCAGGAAUGAGAGAUUCUAAGGUCAUUGUGGCUGUUAAUAAAGAUGUGGAUGCACCUAUAUUCCAGGUUUCUGACUAUGGGCUUGUAGCAGAUUUAUUUGAGGUAAUACCUCAGUUGCUGGAGAAGCUUUCUGAAAAAAAAUAGAUGAUUGUAUUCGAGUCACUCAUUUCCAAAACAGUGCUUUAUAUAGUUAUAUGUACUAACAAGGAAAGUAAAAGUUCAAAUUAAGUUUAGUGGCAAAGGGAACUUUUAUAUUCUUACUUACAUGGGAAUAACAUUGUGUUCAUCCUAGGCAAAGAAAGUCAUAUCAAGGAAAGAGAAAUGCAUACAGUUAUGGUAAA